AUGGAUAUCAGGAGGUUUUUCAGCGGCAGAAGAGUGAAAAGAUGGCAGUUUGUUCAGUUAUUUGCCACCUGCUUUAUCCUGAGUGUCAUGAUGUUUUGGGGGCCUGUGAAUUAUGAUGUGGUGAACCAUAUGAAGUCCUACUCUUACAGAUACCUCAUCAAUAGCUAUGACUUUGUAAAUAACAGUCUUUCACUUAAGCAUGGCUUGAACGGAACCCCUCGGUACCCAUACUUGAUUAAUCAUGAAGACAGAUGCCAGGAGCAAGAUGUCCUUCUUUUACUCUUUGUAAAGACAGCUCCCGAAAACUACCAUCGCCGAUUAGCCAUCAGAAAUACAUGGGGCAACGAGAAAUAUAUCCACGCGCUCUUCAACGCCAACAUCAAAACUCUGUUUGCCUUAGGUAUUCCUACCCAGCCACAGAUGAGAGAAGAAUUACAACAGAAGCUGAUUUGGGAAGAUCAGAUUUACCAAGAUAUCAUUCAGCAAGACUUUGAGGAUACUUUCUACAAUCUCACAGUUAAAUUACUUCUGCAGUUCAACUGGGCCAAUAGCUAUUGUCCACAAGCCAAAUUCUUCAUGACCGCCGAUGAUGACAUAUUCAUUCAUAUGCCAAAUCUCAUCGAAUACCUUCAGAGUUUGGAACAAAUUGGUGUGCAAGACUUUUGGAUUGGUCACGUUCACCGGGGCGCCCCACCCGUUCGGAACAAAGAAAGCAAAUACUAUGUUUCCUAUGAAAUGUACCAGUGGCCCGCUUACCCUGACUACACGGCGGGUGCUGCCUAUCUCUUUUCCAAUGACGUGACCGCCAAAGUUUACGAGGCGUCACAGACACUGAACUCCAGUCUGUACAUAGAUGAUGUGUUCAUGGGCCUCUGUGCCAAUAAGAUGGGAGUUGUGCCACAAGACCAUGUGUUUUUCUCUGGCGAAGGGAAGACUCCUUAUCAUCCUUGCAUCUAUGAGAAAAUGAUGACAUCUCAUGGACAUGACCAAGACAUGCGGGGCCUUUGGAAGGCUGCUACUGACCCUAAAGUAAAAACUCUCUCGAAAGGUUUCUUUAGUCAAAUCUACUGCAAGUUGAUUAAGAUCAUAAUCCUGUGCAGACCGAAACUAGUGAAAACUUAUUCUUGUCGGGGUGCCUUUCUGUAACAGUACUUGAAUGUUGUAUGUUUCCACUCUCACGGAGCCAGAGGGGGAAGAAACCCCUUGAAAUGUCUACCCCCUAAGUGAAAUGAGUCUGAAAGACACAGAGACAUGUGUUUGUUGUCAAAGUCCAGCCCAUCCCACGUUUCUUUGAUUCUGUAAUGC